AUGGAUUCAGGAAAAGAUGAAUUUAACAUUCCAAAUGUUAUUAUUGAUCCGCGAACACGUGCUCAAUAUUCCAAAGGGAAGUUUCUUGGCAAAGGUGGUUUUGCUCGGUGCUAUGAACUCAUCGAUGUUACUACUGGCCAAACGUUUGCCGGAAAAGUUGUACCUAAAUCAAUGCUAAUAAAACCUCAUCAAAAAGAAAAAAUGCAACAAGAAGUGACAAUUCAUCAAUCACUUAAUCAUAAGCAUAUUGUUCAAUUUUUCUCAUACUUUGAAGACGAAAAUAAUGUUUAUAUUAUCCUUGAACUUUGUCGGCGACGAUCAUUAAUGGAAUUACAUCGACGACGCAAAACAGUGACAGAGCCGGAAACACGUUAUUUUGUUAAACAGAUUGUUGAAGCUUGUAUUUAUCUGCACGAUAAACGUAUUAUACAUCGUGAUCUUAAAUUGGGAAAUCUCUUUCUUAAUGAUCAAAUGGAAAUAAAAAUCGGUGAUUUUGGUUUAGCAACACGAAUCGAGAAUGAAACUGAUCGAAAACGAACACUAUGCGGUACUCCAAACUACAUUGCACCUGAAGUGAUCAACAAGAAAGGUCAUAGUUAUGAAGUUGAUGUAUGGAGUUUAGGCUGUAUUCUUUAUACACUGCUACUUGGCAAGCCACCAUUUGAAACAUCAUCGUUAAAAGAUACAUAUUCAAAAAUUCGUAAAAACGAUUAUUUAAUACCGGAGAAUCGUAUAAGCCGAGAAAGUGUCCUACUUAUUCAACGCUGUUUAAGACAUGAACCAUAUGAUCGUCCAACGAUGUCUCAAAUCUAUUUGGAUCCAUUUUUUUCUGGUUUUACGCCAGCAACAUUACCAACGUCCGUUUGUACAGUUGCGCCACGCUAUUCAGUUAUGCCACCGAUGCAUCCUCCACAACAACCGAUACUGAUCAAUCCUAGUAAAACAAUCGCAUCAAAUAUGCAACAACUACAACAGCGCCGUCCAUUUACAGAACAACAACAAAAUGAACAAGCAUUAAUUGCAUCACGCCAUCAACAAGUAGUUACAUUACCAGCACCCAUUUUGAUGAAUGAACGUGCAACUGAUAUUCAUGGUCUUGGAGGACGUGUAGCAUCAGCAGUACCGAGUCAAACUGAUAUUGUGUUACCAUCGCAUAUGAGUAGACAAUUAACGGGUCUCGAUGGUCAAGCAUUUGUACCGACAAGUGGAACGAACGAAGAAGUCAAUGAUGAUUUGCAUUUAGGUAUUGAUCUUCAAAGACAAUUAGAACAUUUAAUACAAAUGAAACCGAAUGAAAAACUUGAUAAACGAGAAGAUGAAGCUGAAGAUCCAGCAUCGGCGCCGAUGCUGUGGAUAUCUAAAUGGGUGGAUUAUUCAGAUAAAUAUGGUUUAGGCUAUCAAUUAUGCGAUGAUUCUGUUGGUGUUUUGUUUAAUGAUUCAACGCGUUUAAUUAUGACUGCUGGUGGAGCAGAAAAUCUACAGUAUAUCGACAGAGACGGCUAUGAACAUUUAUGUACUAUGAAAGAUUAUUCCGAUCAAUUGAAAAAGAAAGUUACUUUGCUAAAAUAUUUCACUUCUUACAUGGACGAACAUUUGCUAAAGGCUGGUGCUGCACAUGCUCCACGACCUGGUGAUGAACUUUCUCGACUCCCAUUUGUUAAGUCAUGGUUUCGCACACGUAAUGCUAUCGUUUUCUAUCUAUCCAAUGGCACAUUACAGAUUAACUUUUUUCACGAUCAUACCAAAGUUAUUUUAUGUCCUCUAAUGAGUGCUGUUACUUAUAUAAAUGAACAUCGUGAAAUUCGUACAUAUCGUCUAGCGGCAUUAGAACAAUGUGGUUGUUCAAAACAAUUGUUUACACGUAUUAAAUAUGCAAAAAGUAUGAUCGAUCGAAUAUUGGCAGCAAAAAGUAAUCAAAAUCGACUUCAUUAA